AUGCGUCCCUCGUCCUUGCUCGCGGCCCUCGCCACCGGCGGCCUUGUGGCUGCUGCCCCCAGUCCCAAGCAGCCACGCGCAGGGAGUGGUGAUGUGAACCCGUUCCAGGGCAAGACACAAUUCGUCAACCCCAAAUGGGCGGCCAAGCUGGACCAGACCCUGCGGUCGUUCCUGUUCAAGGGGGAUGUUCUCAACACCCUUAAGACCUGGAAGGUGCAGCAAACCAGCUCUUUCGUGUGGGUCUCCAAGAUCGCCGACCUCUCCAACAUCGACGACGCCAUUGCCGACGCCCGCAAGGCGCAAAAGUGGACCGGCAAGAAACAGAUCGUUGGUCUGGUGCUCUACAACCUCCCGGACCGCGACUGCAGCGCUGGCGAGAGUGCCGGUGAGCUGAAGAGCGGCGAGAACGGCCUCGAGCGGUACAAGAAGGAGUUCAUCAAGCCCUACGCCGAGAAGGUGGCGGCGGCCAAGGACCUCACCUUCGCCAUCGUUCUCGAGCCCGACUCGUUGGGCAACCUGGUCACCAACAUGGGCAUUGAGCUGUGUGCGAAUGCCGCCCCCAUCUACCGGGAGGGAAUUGCCCACGCCAUUGCCAGCCUGCAGUACGACCAUGUGCAUCUUUAUAUUGAUGCUACCCACGGCGGCUGGCUUGGUUGGGACGGCAACCUGCCCCUGGCCGCCAAGGAGUUCGCCACUGUGCUCAAGAUGGCCGGCGAGGGCAAGAAGGUCCGUGGCUUCGUCACCAACGUUUCCAACUACAACCCCUUCAACGCCGUCGUGCGCGAGAACUACACUGAGUGGAGCAACUCGUGGGAUGAGUCUCACUUCGCCUCGUCCCUCGCCCCGCACCUCAAGGCUGAGGGCCUCCCGGCCCACUUCAUCGUCGACCAGGGCCGCGUGCAUCUUCCUGGUGCCCGGAAGGAAUGGGGCGAGUGGUGCAACGUCCACCCCGCUGGCUUUGGUCCGGCGCCCACCACCAACACUAACAACACCGUUGUGGAUGCCCUCGUUUGGGUCAAGCCCGGCGGUGAGAGCGACGGCCAGUGCGGCAUGACCGGCGCGCCGAGGGCUGGAGAGUGGUUCGACGAGUACGCGCAGAUGCUUGUGAAGAACGCCGAUCCCUCCGUCUUUAAGUUGUUUUAA